AUGCCCCCCAAGGCCAAGUCUCCCAAAUACGCCCUCACUGAGGCCCAGAAACUUAUGUAUAACUCCGAAAAGCUCGGGAACUUCCGAUGGAUUUCCAAAAUGGAUUUGGUACCUGCCAGUCUUCAGCUUGAACUGGCAGAAAUAGGUCAAUACGCUGAGAUCGCUUCGAAUAAUCACGUUCCGGUUGGCUUUGUCUUCGAGAACAUCGACACCCUGAUACACCCUGAUUUCCCGCUGGAACACUACGAGGCUCUUCAGGGAUCCAUACUGGUGUCCGAGUUCUUUGGACACGUCUGUCAUUUACACGCCUAUGUCGCGUACCGUCCACGCACGAAACAGCUCAUCGUGGCUACUUCUGCGACGGCUUCGCUUCUGCAAGCCAUUCAGGAUUUAAGGUUCAUGAAACACCGACAUCGUUCAUGCCGAGGGGUUGUCCACUCGGGAUUCUGGAGCCUGUAUAAGGGCAUACGGGAUUCCGUUUAUGCAGGAAUAGCCAAGGGUUUUCAGGAGCAUGAUGUGAAAGAGCUUGUUAUAACAGGCCAUAGUAUGGGUGGUGCCGUGUCGUAUUUACUUAUGACAGAUGCGCUCACCCAGAAGAUAAAUAUACCUCCGGAUAUGCGACUCAAGUUGGUGUCGUAUGGUGCACCGAGAGUCGGCAAUUCUUCCUUCGUGAAAUGCUGGCGAGAGUUAGUGUCGAGGCACCGUGAUACGCACGGGGAAUCUUCUAUGGUGGAACUAUGCGUAAAGGCAUACAAUGACGGGGUCCCGUCAUUACCACCUCUCUCUCUCGGUUAUCGGCAUUGUACUGAGAGACCUAUGUAUCUCGUACACGGGCGCGUCUUUCGCGUACCCGCUUCAGAGUGCGAGUUCUCUCUUUUUGUUGCCGAACCUCCUAAGGCGGAUUGUAUGUCCAUCGAACAUCCAAAAGGGGGACACAAUUAUUAUAAUGGACGUGAUAUGGAACAAGUACUGCGACGGUUAAAUUGGCUGGAAAAAGUAAUGGGUGGUGAAGAAGAUUGGAUAGAAAAAUACAAGCUUCAUGCUGCCAAACACCUCAAAGCGCCCAGUCCUGUAAAAUCGAAACCAGUUGUAAAACCGUAA